AUGGUGUACGAUUGGGAAGGGAAGCGGGAAAUCUGCUAUCAGAUGUACAUCAAGGACAGGAAAGCUCUUGAGGAGAUUAUGGAAUAUAUGAAGAAUACCCAUCAAUUCGCACCAAGCACACUCAUGCUUUCCUUAUCUGGCAGCAAACGUGCUUUUCAGACCCAAUUCAAACGAUGGGGCUUCCCCUCAAAGCAAAAUCCAGCCCACAAAAAUCCCGCGCUUGUUGCACGUAUCAAAGAACUGUGGGAACGUAACACCAGCCAACGUGAAAUGCUGAGAAUCUUGAAUGAAGAAGGCUAUAAUAUCAAGGAAAGGGAGCUGAUGCGUGUGCGUGCAAAGAAUCGCUGGCUCCUCCGUGUCCCCAAUGGGAUGAAGUCACAAACGACAGUACAGUCUGAGACUCCACAGCCCGUAGAAGAGGGUCUGCUUGCGUUGCAGCAGGAGAUUUACAAACAGGAACCAUCCUAUGGUCAGAACCAAACACUGACGACCCAGCCUUCUAAUCAGCACCCCUUACCGCCUGGACUGUCUCCUGAAAUUCUUGCAAAACGCAAGGAGCGACUUGAACGACUACAGGCUGAGAGCGCAGAGCGUUGGGCAACACGAAAGCGGCGACGUCGCACUCGAGGAUGGGCGGGACUGCCAGCCGACCCCCCGGGCCGCCACGUUUCCCAUCAGAGACUACAAUUGAUGAAAUUUCAGAAAAUAUGUGAGGAAGCUGGUUUUAUCAAGAAGACUGUUGCUGGUCCAGAACGAUGGCAAGAGGCGAAGAAUAAGCUGAUCCGUGAAUCGCCACACCUCCAAAGUGUGUUCUCCGUGGACCCUAACUCGACGGAUACAAAUCAGCUUGACGCGAAGGCUCUCGCGCUUGACAUAGUCUGUACAGACGUCACAAAACGGAUGAGGACACUUGAGCGACGGAUGACAAUUGCGGAGGCCAAAAAUGCUCUUGGAAUCAACCCAGAAGAGAGCCGACAGAUACGAAAUGCCUUCUACAAUACACUGAAAGCUAACCAUUUCACGAGUAAGCUCGAAGCAGGUGACGAACACUGGAGAGAAUUGAAAGAGCGCUGGAUCCAAGGCUCGCCUCUACUACAGCGAAUAUUGGCACCAGGGGCUGCUGAUCCCGAGCAUGCCACCAAGGUAAAGGCCAUUGAGGUACUUUGUCGUGAUGUUAUGAAACGCUUGCGCGAUGAUCAAACGAAACGGGAUCCAUCACGGAAACGGUCUGCAGCACAACAAAAUAACGUCCAAACUACUGCUUCAAACAAUAUCGGCAAUACAUAUGGACAGGGGAUCAACAAUGGAAUCAGCACUCUCGCCUCUCAGGCCCUUGCCAGUGCACCAAUGGUGGCAGGUGACAUUGGGGAGAUGCAGAUAGACCCGUCGCUCCUUCAGGCCGCCAAUAAUCCCUCGUUUGCGACUAGUUUUCAACAGAAUGUUGGGCAAUCAUUCAACUAUGUCGAUCCGCUACUUGGAUCUGCAAUCCCACCAGUCCCAGUAUAUAUCCGCAUCAGUCCCGAAAGCGAGGUCCAUGGCGCAUCUAAAACUUGGGUCGAGAAGUUAACGACGCGCUCUGUGGCAGAGUUACGGGAACUCGUUUCGGCGAGAUAUCCGGAUUCCAUCCCUACCAGAAUCGAAGGUAUCGAAAAGGAUGAAACUGGAAAUGAAGUAUCAUUUUUAAUUGACGAAGAUCACGAACUGGAUGCUUAUUUGACCCAUAUGCAUGGGAAGAAAGCAGCUUUUGUUGUCCGCUUGAAUUCAAUUCAGUGA